GCCAAAUAACACGUCUUUUGAACAGAGACGUGGCCAGAUAAUCAUAUCCAUGGGAUGUUACUCUGAUUUAAAGUAUUUUUCCUAAUUUAACAUUGUGCCGUAGAUACUUCUAAACCAAUUAACCAAAUCCUAUCGCAAUCGCCACGUUAUAUGGUUGGCGAGAAUGGGGCGAGGAGCAGAUGCGAUCGAACACAAGGCGUAUGCAAGGGUGGGUCUGCUGGGAAAUCCUAGUGAUGUUUACUAUGGUAACACCAUCUCCUUCAGCAUCGCCAAUUUCUGGGCCUCCGUCAAGUUGCGGCCUUCCGAUGAACUCGUCAUCCUUCCUCAUCCCACUCAUGAUCUCGUCCACUUCAGAUCUAUUGAUCACUUGGUGAACAGGUUAGACAGUGAAGGCUUUUAUGGAGGUGUACGAUUGCUUAUGGCAAUUUGUAAAGUUUUCUACAAGUACUGUAAAAACAACAACAUAGAUCUUCAUGUAGGAAAUUUUACUUUGUCAUAUGACACUAAUAUCCCUCGCCAGGCGGGACUUUCAGGCUCUAGUGCAAUUGUAUGUGCUGCUCUAAACUGCUUACUUGAUUUCUACAAAGUCAGGCAUCUAAUCAAGGUGGAGAUGAGACCUAGCCUUAUCCUCGCUGCAGAGAAUGAGCUUGGAAUAGUUGCUGGUCUCCAGGACCGGGUUGCACAAGUUUAUGAGGGCCUAGUUUACAUGGACUUCAGCAAGGAAAACAUGGAUAAUCUGGGGCAUGGAAUUUAUAUACCAAUGGAUAUAAGUCUUCUCCCACCUUUGUAUCUCAUCUAUGCUGAGAACCCUAGUGAUUCAGGGAAGGUUCACAGUAAAGUACGGCAGAGAUGGCUUGAAGGCGAUGAGUUCAUCAUAUCUUCAAUGCGGAAAGUCGCAAACAUAGCAAGAGAAGGAAAAACAGCAUUAGAAAAUAAAGACUAUUCUAAACUUGCGGCCCUCAUGAAUCAAAAUUUUGACCUUCGAAGAUCGAUGUUUGGAGAUGAUGCCCUUGGUGAUAUGAAUAUAAAAAUGGUGGAGGUUGCAAGAAAGGUUGGAGCUGCUUCCAAAUUUACAGGUAGUGGGGGAGCUGUGGUUGCGUUUUGUCCCGAUGGUGUUUCUCAAGCACAGCUGGAGGAAGAAUGUGGAAAGGCCGGAUUUAUAUUACAACCUGUACAGCUUGUCCCUUCUCGUCUUAAUGAACUUGAAGAUUAUGCAGCUCGCAACAAAAAUUGAUUGUUUGGUUAUGUGGCAUUAAAUCAGAAUUUGGAUGAAAAUGACAAGGGUUGUCAGAUUUCGCAGUUGUUUUAUUGAUUGUUUGAUUAUUGAAUUAGCCAAGUCGAAGAAAACGGGUGUUACAAUUUGCAAACAAUGAAGAGUCAUUUCAUUACUAGCAUGCUAUCGGUCUCAGGGAAAAAAAUAAAUGUGGUAAAUAUCUAUUUACUUCUAACGCAUACCCUU